AGAGGCCAGUCACAGCCUGUCCACAGCUUCCACUUCCUGUCCGAUCCUGGGCGCCGCAGAGAUUUGUGUCUGCGAUGGCUGGUGAUCAAGAGAGAGACUUACAGAGAUUUCUGGAAAAUGUGGAUGAAAUCACCAAUUUAAUCCAAGAGAUGAAUUCUGAGGAUCCCGUCAUACAGGAGAAAGCUGUCCUGGAGACAGAAAAGAGACUUCUGCUGCUGGAGAGGGAUCAGGAGGAGGACGGGUGCAGGACAACCUUGAACAAGACCAUGAUCAGUCCCCCAAAAGCCCUGGAGAAUGCAGAUGAAAUGAACCCAGAGGCCUUCUUGGCAUCCGUGGAGAAGGAUGCGAAGGAACGAGCCAAGAGAAGACGAGAAAGCAAAGUCCUGGCAGAUGCCCUAAAGGAAAAGGGGAACGAGGCCUUUGCCAAGGGCGACUAUGAAACAGCCAUCCUCUACUACAGCGAGGGCUUGGGGAAGCUGAAGGACAUGACAGCGCUGUACACCAACCGAGCCCAGGCUUAUAUAAAACUUGGGGACUACCAGAAGGCCCUCGUGGACUGUGACUGGGCUCUGAAGUGUGAUGAAAACUGCACAAAAGCCUAUUUCCACAUGGGGAAAGCCCACUUGUCCCUGAAGAACUACAGCAAGUCUAGAUGGUGUUAUCAGAAAAUGGGAGAGAUAAACCCCAAGCUGCAGACACAGGUGAAAGAAUGCCUCAGUCAAGUAACGAUUCGAGAAAAGGCAGAUCUUCAAGAGAAGGAGGCUCGUGAGUCUCUGGAUGCAGGAAAGAACACAGCGGUGACAACGCGGAAUCUCCUGGGAACCCUCUCCAAGUCUGACCAGAUGCCACUGUUCUAUGCUGGAGGCAUUGAGAUCCUGACAGAAGUAAUGACCGGAUGCACAGAGCGAACGUUAUUCAGAACACAUGGUGGAUUCAGCACUAUCAGUGACCAUGAGGUCAUUAGAAGGUGCCUCUUCUCAGUAGAGAAAGACGCAGUUGAGGAGGUCCUCUGUGUGGCCGUUUUAAAGCUCUGGCAAGCAGUGUGCAGCGACAAUGAGGAAAACCAGCGCCUGCUUGUGAGCCAUCCUGAUAUGGCCAGCCUGCUGCCUGCCUUCAUGACCUCCAAAAUCCUGGUUAUUCAACAGCAGAGCCUGGCCCUGCUGCUGCAGCUCACGCAGACAGAGAAUGGCCGGAACCAAGUCAUCAAGCACCUUGACCUGACCCGACUGUGUGAAGCACUACUGUUGUUUCUUGACUUCUCAGAUAAGAAGUCCAACACAGCCAUCGGAAUACUCACUGAUUUGGCUCUAGAAGAAAGAUUCCAAGUCUGGCUCCGGCCCAACCUUCCAGGUGUCCUCCCUGCAUUCACAGGUGUUCUGAAACGAGAGCCCAAGUUGAGCAGCCCCUCAGCCCUCUGCCAGUGCAUUACCCUGAUGGGAAACAUCAGUGCUGAACCUACAGCCAGAAGACACAUGUUGGCCUGUGAAGAAUUUGGGGACGCCUGUUUGGACCUCCUGGUCAAGUGUGAGGAGGACAUGGACAUGUUCAGCGAGGUCACAUAUACCCUCCUAGGACUCAUCAUGAACUUGUGUCUUGAGAUCCCCUUCCUCUCUGAGAUGUGGACUAUGGAUAUGAGCCGAAAGUGCCUGUCUCUACUGAACAGCCAAGAUGGAGGAAUCCUAACAAGAGCUGCAGGUGUUCUGAGCCGGACCCUAUCUUCCUCUGUGACCAUCGUGGAGGAGGCCCUGACAGCAGGAGUGGUGAAGAAAAUGAUCAAAUUCCUGAGGAUGGGAGGCCAGACAGCAUCACAUUAUGCCAUAAAGAUACUGGCCAUCUGCACAAAUAGCUAUCACCCAGCUCGGGAAGAAGUAAUGAGACUUGAUAAAAAGUUCAACAUUUUGAUAAUGCUGCUUGGCUCAGAGGAUGAAGUUCUUGUGGGCAACGCUGCCCUCUGCCUCGGCAACUGCAUGGAGGUGCCCGGUGCUGCCUCUUCCUUGCUGAAGACAGACAUUGUGCAGGUGCUGUUGAAGCUGGCAGGCGGUGGCUCACAGAAAGCAGAUGUGCAGCUGAACGCAGGCAUCGCUCUGGGGAAGCUGUGCACAGCUGAGCCCAGGUUUGCUGCCCAACUUCGAGGGCUUCACGGGAUAGAAAUCCUCAACUCUACAAUGAAACACUUGAAUGAUUCUUGAGAGACACGGUGCCUGUGUACAGUCUGUGCGCACGUAACUGUGUGCCAUGGGUCACUGCUCCGCUAAUAAAGUCUUUUUAAAUGCUCAGCUCCAGAA